AUGGCUCUUCUCAGACAUUCGAAUUCGAGCCUCCACAUUUUGAUUCUCGCUUUGUCUUUCACCAUCCGUAGUUUCCUCCUCGUCGAAUCACAACAACAACCUCCGAUUCCGCAAUCUCCGCCACCGCCUCCGCCUCCGCCUCCACCACCACCACCUUCACCACCGCCACCAACACCACCACCUCCACCACCGCCGCCACCUCCUCCGCCACCACCACUUACCAAUGCGACCGUGGAAACAGGCAUUCCUCCACCGCCUCCUGUCACCGAGAUAACCGAGCCUCCAUCAUCGCCUCCUCCAGCACCGGAGCCGCAGCCGAAGUCAGAGCCCCUUCCACCGCUUCCUGAGCAAGAGCCACGGCCAGCGGAGGAAUCGAAGAGAGGUGGAUUAAACAAAGGGAAGACAGUGGGGAUAGUGUUUGUUGGGUUAAUAGCAAUGCUGCAGAUCUUCGUUGUUGCCUUCUUGGUUUUCAAGAGAAAGCAACUUCUCAGACAGAAAGACACUCACUGA